AUGCGGGGUAGCCGCUGUACUGGGAGACUGCAGCCGUUUGACGUUGAUGCUUGGGUAUCGUCCGUGCUGUCACACGAGGGAGAUAGGAUUUCUGAAUCGUCAGCUCCUUCAUCAACUGGUGGUUUUAAAUUUGGAUCCGCUGCCCCUACCCCUACCCCUGCAACGACAGCAUCAACAGGUUUUGCGUUUGGUGCCAAGCCUACUGGCGGAUCGACAUUUGGUGCCACUCCCACUGCAGGGUCAACGUUUGGUGCUGUGCCUACUGCUGGGUCAACGUUUGGUGCUGCGCCUACUGCUGGCUCAACGUUUGGUGCCGCGCCUACUGCUGGCUCAACGUUUGGUGCCGUGCCUACUGCUGGCUCAACGUUUGGUGCUGCGCCUACUGCUGGGUCAACGUUUGGUGCCGCGCCUACUGCUGGGUCAACGUUUGGUGCCAAGCCUACUGCUGGCUCAACGUUUGGUGCCAAGCCUACUGGCGGGUCAACGUUUGGUGCCGCGCCUACUGCUGGUUCAAUGUUUGGUUCCACUCCAGCAGCGGGUACCGGUACGCCAUCUGGAUUUUCAUUUGGGGCUGUUCCUCCUGCGGCAACCACUGCAUCUACUGGCUUUAGUGGUGCUGCUCCUACAACUGCGUCAAGUGGUGGUUUCAGCUUUGGGGGGUCUGCGGCUACUACUGCUUCUUCAGGGUUCAGUUUUUCAGCCCCUAAGGCCACUGCGCCGUCUGGUCAGAGUGGGGGRUUUUCAUUUGGUGGUACUCCAGGAACASSACAAAGUMCUGGUAAAGUGUCUUAG